CUCUCAUUCAAUGGUUCUGCGCCGCGUGCCCGACGUCGGUACCACUGCCACCAGCUGAUCAUCUCCGCCUGUCUUCGGAAAUCAGGAUCACUUCGUGGCCCGGGCAGCAGGCACGUGUGGCUGACCCUCCCAUUGAACAUAAGUUGCAUGUUUUAUCGCGUCGUCGAAGAAACCCGCUCCAGUGCCCGAUGCACCUUCUGGCAGCCUUUCUGGCCAUUGCGUACGGUAUGGAAUGGCCGCAUCAGAUUUAUACCCCGGGGCACCGCGAACGCUGCUGAAAGAUCGCAACAUUCUACAUUUGGCACAUGAGUGGUCGACCGCUGGGCCCAAACGGGCUACCCGUCAUGCGCGUGGCCAAGCCGCAGCUCUUUGUGACCGCCAUCUUGGUCAUCGUGCCCGCGCUCAUGGGUCUUUGCAUUGCGUACUUCGGCGUCUACGCCCGUGGCCCUCUCGCGACCUACGAGGCGCGUAUUGCGGCGCUCGUGGCGACCGACUUGCACUGGGCCUGCGCGGCCGUCGUCGUCUUUGGCCGGCUCGUCGCGUUCGCCAACGGGUACCCGAUGGCGCACAAGGGCCGCAUUGUCUUGCCCUUCUCGGGCAACCUGCGCGUGAACCCGUUCUAUUACAAGGCGGUCGGGAAGGACGCGCCCGAGAACCUCAUUGGGCUCGUCGAAGACGGCGCGGUGGGCGCCUACAACCGCGCGAACCGGUCGCUGCACCACAUGAUUGAGAACAACGGCGCCGUCCUCGCGUCCAUCUUUCUCGGUGCGCGCGUCUUUCCGUACGAAGUGUUUGUGACGAUCGCAACGUAUGGUCUCGGUCGCGUCCUCCAUCAAGUGGGCUACACGUGGGGCUUUGGUGGCCACGCGAUCGGGUUUUACAUUGCGACGCUCGCUGGCAACACGCUCGAGGCGCUCCAUCUCAUCAUUGCGCUCAAGGCGUGGGGUCUCAUGUAACUAUACGAACGCAGCAACGUUUUCUGCUGUCUCGGCUUUGCAAUCGACGCUGGUGUUGAAAUGAGUUCUUAGUCUGCAUUAAUUUCGAUUUUCAGCAAG